UUUUUAUUUUUGUACCUCUCUUCUUCUUCUUCUUCUUCUUCUUCUUUUUUUUUUAUUGGCAACAGAGUAAGGUAGUCGCGGAGAGAGAGAGAGAGACCCAUUUCGAUCCGCAGAGAAGCAAGCCAGCAUGGAUCUUUCAUUGAAACCCACACAGAACCGUGUCUUGUCAGUCAAGAUGUGGCCACCCAGUAAGAGUACCCGCCUGAUGCUCGUCGAGCGCAUGACCAAGAACAUUACCACCCCUUCCAUCUUCUCCAGAAAGUACGGUCUCCUGUCUCUCCAAGAGGCCGAGCAAGACGCCAAGCGUAUUGAAGACUUGGCUUUUGCCACUGCCAACAAACACUUCCACAACGAGCCUGAUGGUGAUGGCUCUUCUGCCGUUCAGGUCUAUGCCAAAGAAUCCAGUAAGCUCAUGCUUGAAGUCAUCAAACGAGGUCCCCAGGAAGAUUCUCAUGUUCUGGCCAAGCCCUCUGGUGACAUCCUGUUUGAUAUAUCCUGUGGCCGGAGAGCCUUUAUUGACGAAGACGAGGCUCGCGAGCUUUUGAGGCCUUUGACUGACCCACACCACUCCUUUACCAAAAUCCGUUUCAGCAACAGGAGUUUUGGCUCCGAAGCUGCCAAAUUUGCCGCCACUGUUUUGUCUUCCAUCAAGGACCAGCUCACCCAAGUUGAUCUCUCCGAUGUUGUUGCAGGACGACCUGAGGCCGAAGCUCUUGAAGCCAUGAAUAUGUUUUCGUCUGCGUUGGAGGGUUCCAAGCUAAGGUAUCUGGAUCUCUCCGACAAUGCUUUGGGAGAAAAAGGUAUUCGAGCUUUUGGUUCUCUCAUCAAGUCUCAGAAUGACUUAGAGGAGCUCUAUCUGAUGAAUGAUGGCAUUUCAGAGGAUGCUGCACGAGCUGUUCGUGAGCUCCUUCCUUCUACUGGCAAAAUCAGGGUUCUUCAGUUCCACAACAACAUGACAGGGGAUGAAGGAGCUAUUCCCAUUGCUGAGAUUGUCAGGCAGUGUCCAUCUUUGGAAGACUUCCGCUGUUCAUCUACAAGGAUUGGUUCAGUAGGUGGUGUUGCGCUAGCUGAAGCACUCGAACACUGUAGCCACUUGAAGAAACUUGAUCUUCGUGAUAACAUGUUUGGAGUCGAAGGUGGAAUUUCCCUGGCCAAGACUUUAUCAGUGUUGACUCAUUUAACUGAGAUCUAUAUGAGUUACCUGAACUUGGAGGAUGAGGGAACAGAAGCACUUUCUGAAGCUCUACUUAAGUCUGCCCCUUCUCUUGAAGUUCUAGAAUUGGCUGGCAAUGAUAUAACUAUCAAAUCCACUGGGAAGUUGGCAGCUUGCAUCGCCUCAAAACAGUCUCUUUCUAAGCUGAAUUUAUCUGAGAAUGAACUCAAAGACGAAGGGUCUAUCUUAAUCGCAAAGGCAGUAGAAGGUCAUGAUCAGUUGGUUGAAGUUGACUUGAGCACCAACAUGAUCCGAAGAGCUGGGGCAAGAGCCUUGGCACAAACUGUUGUGAAGAAACAUACUUUGAAGCUUCUGAACAUUAAUGGCAACUUCAUAUCUGAGGAAGGUAUUGACGAGGUAAAUGAUAUGUUUAAGGACUCUGUGGAAAAGCUUGGUCCUUUGGACGAUAAUGAUCCUGAAGGAGAAGAUUUUGAAGAUGAAAGCGAAGAAGAGGAAGGCGAAGAAGACAAUGAACUGGAAUCAAAGCUUGGAGGUCUGAAAAUCAAGCAAGAGGAGGAAUAGGAUAAUGUUGCAUGAUGCUCUUGUCGCUAUCUAGGUAGGUUCAGAUUAAAUUCUCUAUAUGAUAAAACGUUUUGAAGUAGGUAUGUAAGGAGGAUCUUAGACUGUCUUCAAAUCUAUUUCCCUUUGAAAGAAAUUGUUAUCUUCUCCGUAAA